UCCGAGCGCACAGACCAGCAAUCCAGCUCUACUUUGUUCGUGAGCGAGUUGAGGGGGAGUCGCGUAAAAAAAAAAUACUUCUGUCCUACAUGUUUUCCAUUCAAUGAACUGUGUUUUUCUAUAAUGUCCGAGAAUGUCAAUUUCUGGAACUCUGAGCAACUAUUAUGUGGACUCCAUAAUAGGUCACGAGAGCGAAGAUUCGACUGCAGCCAGGUUUUCCAAUGUACAGUAUUCCAACUUCAGACAACCGGGGGGACAUGGUGAGCAUCCCGAAUUCCCCUCUUGUAGUUUCCAGCCGAAACCUCCUGUUUUUAGCUCGUCCUGGAGCCCUUUCAGCCCACACGCUUCCAAUGGCUUACCCGCGGUAUACCAUCCCUACAUCCCGACUCAGCCCGUCCCUUCCACGGACACCCGAUACCUACGCAGUUGGCUCGACUGCGCUCCUCGCUCUGAGUCCCUCCCCGGCCAGGGGCAGGUCAAGAUGGAGCCGCUACUGGGACACCUCGGGGAACCCCCAAAAAUCGGUGGACACGAGUACAUUUUGGAGUCCUCCUCGGCGAGAGAAAUGAAUUCCGGCCAAGGCUCCGGUUUCGAGGACAAUAAGGACAUUUGUGAAGGUAGCGAAGACAAAGAAGGACCAGAUCAAAAUGACCCAUCUGCCAACUGGUUGCAUGCCCGGUCUUCCCGGAAGAAGCGGUGCCCAUACACGAAAUACCAAACCCUCGAGCUCGAGAAAGAGUUCCUCUUCAACAUGUACCUCACCCGGGACAGGAGGCACGAGGUAGCGCGCUCGCUGAACUUGACGGAGAGACAAGUCAAAAUAUGGUUCCAAAACCGACGGAUGAAAAUGAAGAAAAUGAAUAAGGACCAACCUAAGGAUUAGAUUAAAUGGGGAGGCCAAUUAAAUCCCCGCCCUCAUAAAAAGUUUGCUUUCUUAAGACUUUUUUCUUUAAAUACAUGGACAGUAAUGGGUAAAGUGGGAAUGCAGAAAGCUGUUUUUUAUUGUUUUCCAUGUCGCAGUGAAAAAUGCCAUCUGACAUUAUAGAAGUGCAGACCAAUUGGGAAAAGCCUUAUACAUUAGAAAUGAGGGCUUCUUCUCAAACACUGGUUUUAUUAGUUAUUUAUUACUUAAAGCAUGACACCGACGCUUUAUAGAGGCAUGGAGGUUCUGUGAUAUUGUCUUCAUGUGGUCAGGGUUGGUGUUAAAGGGAGUGUGCGACUUGCAUGUGUUCUUUUUUUUUAUUAGCUCGCUUCAUUCCAUUGUUCAACUCCAUAGAUGCCCAGUGCGUAAUGGCGGUUACAUAAGCUAACUGGUCUUUCAGAACAAUUAUAUUAUUUUACUAUCCAAGCAGCAGUGGACCAGUUCAGUUAUCCAAUUAUUUUAUUUCGUAAUUCGAUUCAUAAUCUCAUGUAAAAUGGCAGGCAAAUUAUUAAGAUAACAUUAUUAUUAUUAUUUUUAUUGUUAUUAUUUCAUGGGAGAAUGAAAUCCCCUAUAUCGCCCGUUGGACUGGAUCGAUUUAAACAUCAGGAUUCCAUGUUUGUUGUAAUCCCUUGAUCCGAUAUGAACUCAACAGGUUAUAUAUGCACACUCUUGUAUUUCUAGUUUUUUUUUAUGUGUGCGUCAUUUUACCUUUAUGUUUGUUAUGCGUAAAAGUGGGUAAUAGCCUAGGGGUCAUAUACAAAACGAUGUUUGGGGUUUAGGCCUAGCCUACGUUCAACAUGAACAUUUCUUCACUUCCAAUGUUACUAUAAUGUAAGAUUGCUAAAAACAUAACGUGGCAGAUUUAAGACCCCAGAAAGAAUAUUACCGAGGCCUACUUCUGGAAAGUAAUCAGGAAAACCUAUUUUCUUGUAGAUACUAUUUAAUUAAAGCAUUUUAUGAAACGUGUAACUUCACAUUCAAGAUUCAAGGGGCCUAUCUGGCGAUUCGGAGUAGUUUCAUAUAGUUUGCUCUGCGAAUAUAAGGUAAUUCUAAUAGUGGAAUAUUUUUAACAUGUGGUGGGAAGAAUAGGGCGUGCAAAAACCCGUGCUCUGUCAUUUUGGUAUAUGCCAUAAAAUGUGUCUACCUUCUGCGCUUAGAUAUAGGAUAUAUCAUUUGUCGAAGAAGAAAAUCCUACAUUGUCUAAGAGUAAAAAUGUUUACAUUGUUAGCGCAUGAUUCAUAUCAUCAUGAAAUGUAAUUUAGGUCUGUAUGUUUGUGUUUUUUUUUAAUGAAAUCUAUCUGAAGAAAAUGCGCAAUGCUAUAGCAGUUUUUGGAUGGUAAUAUUUCUAAUUUAUUGUAAAUAAGUAUACGUGAAUAACCUCGAUUGUUUUUAUUGGAAUGAGUUUCAUUAUGUUUAAAAUUGGUGUUUUCGAAAAUGACAUCAGUGCAGCAGGUAGACGUCGUUUCCAGUUUUAGAUAUUGUUUACAUGUUCUUGUCCAUAACGUAUUGAAAGGUAGACUGACUUAACCGUGUUGUCAAUACAAAAAGAAAUGUUAUACUUAUGUGGUGUUAAUUUCUUUCUGAAUGGAAGUACUUACAAACAUUCGAAAAUGUAUGAUGAAUCUUAAGUUGACUAUGAAAUGGGUGGCGCUCAUGGAUGUACUUGCUCCAGAAUAAAGAGGAGCGUCAGACGCCAUUAUCUCUCCAGGCGCUCCAGCCCUGCAUAUCCACGGCAGCUUUCUUUGUCGAAGCCUAAUCUCAUUUGGACUCUUGUUUUUCAUUAACACCAAACGCUGUAAGGACCGAGUCUCGGAACUACUAACACCCCUCAGUAUUUUUUUAUAUCACGUUAAUCUCCUGUGUCCCUCAUGUACAUUUUCUUUAUUCCUGUGUUGUUUAUCUGUGCGAUAGCACUGCUGAUGCUGGAUUCAUAUUAAAAACAGAGUUUA